CUGCUUUCUUCACUAGACCUCUACUCCACUCCUCUCCUAUCUACUCAACUACUCUACUGUGACACUACCCUCUCCCCCAGUGUGAGUCUGGAGGGUUUUGACACAGAAGAGAUGGAGCAGGUACUCCUUGGGGCCCUGGAGAGGUUCAGCAGAGGGGGGCGGGACCCUCGCCGAGCCCCCAUCACCUCCUAUGGCCAGGAACUGGGCUCCCUGCUGUCACUCACAGAGGAGGAGGCGGGCUGCCAGACCCAGCUCUUCUCCCCAUUUGAGUCGUCUCAGCUGCAGGGCUUCAGUGCCUCCGCUCCCUCCCUGUGUGCCAGUCCCAGUCUGCGCCAGCUACCCAAAGCCAACCUCCACCCUCCAACCCACGCACACACUCAUACACACUCUCAGACACCUCACACACACCCCUACACACACUCACAAAACCACCACCAGCAUCAUCAUCAUCAGCCUUGCCAUCGCUCCUACUCAAACUCCAAUUCCAUCUCCCAACGCCACUACCAAGAGUCUUCCCUGGGCUCUGUAUUUGGGGGUUCCACACAGAGUGUGGAUGAGGAGCUUGGUGAGCUGUGGAGGCAGGAAGAGAGGCAGCGGCUGGGUGAAGAGAGAGAGAGAGAGAGGUGGAGGGAGGAGAGAAGGACGGAGGGACUGAGGGGUGCUCCCCCCGGGGAGGAGAGGGGGGAGAAGACAGGAAGUCCUCUGGGACGCACCUUCAGCUUCCUGCGCAAGAUGGCCGGCCAGCGCAAGAACAAAGAGAAGGAGCGGAUGAAGGAGAGGGAGAAGGAGGCGCGGGAGCGGGAGGCGCGCUACAGCAACGGUCACCUCUUCACUUCCCUCACCGUGUCUGCCACCACCCUCUGUUCCGCCUGCAACAAAAGCAUCACCGCUAAAGAGGCCCUCAGCUGCCCCACCUGCAAUGUCACCAUCCACAACCGCUGUCGAGACACACUGGCCAACUGUGCCAAGAUGAAACAAAAGCAACAGAAGCUAGCCCUGGUGAGGAACAGCUCCGCGCUGCCGAACGUAGCUCUGAGGACCAAAACCCCUAUGAUGAAGGAGCGGCCCAGCUCAGCCAUCUACCCGUCCGACAGUCUCCGUCAGUCCCUGCUGGGCUCUCGCCGUGUCCGCUCUGGCCUCUCCCUCUCCAAGAGUGUCUCCACACAAAACCUUGCAGGGAAUCUGAAUGACGACUCACCGUUGGGGCUGCGGAGGAUCCUGUCUCAGUCCACAGACUCCCUGAACUUCAGAAACAGAGCCAUGUCAAUGGAGUCCCUCAACGACGAGGGGGAGGUGUACUAUGCUGCCAUGUUGGAGGAGCUGGAGAGGGAGGGGAAGGACUUUGAGGCUGACUCGUGGAGCCGGGCCGUAGACCCCUCCUACCUGCAGACGCACCGCAAAGACGUCAUCAAGAGACAGGACGUCAUCUAUGAGCUGAUCCAGACAGAGUUCCACCACGUGAGGACCCUGCGGAUCAUGGAGGGGGUGUUCCGGCAGGGCAUGCUGGACGAGGUGCUGCUGGAGCCGGGCGUGGCGCACGCUGUCUUCCCCUGUCUGGAGCAGCUGAUGGCGCUACACACACGUUUCCUUUCCCAGCUUAUGACACGACGCACACACAGUCUAGCCCCCGGGAGCAGUACCAACUUCACUAUCAACCAACUGGGGGAUAUACUAACUGAACAGUUCUCAGGGCAGUGUGCAGAUGAGAUGAGGAAAGCCUAUGCUGAGUUCUGUAGCCGCCACCCCAAAGCUGUGAAACUAUACAAGGAACUGCUGGCCAGAGACAAGAGGUUUCAGCACUUCAUACGGAGGGUAAGCCGGGGGCCCCUGCUGCGUCGCCAUGGCAUCCAGGAGUGCAUCCUGCUGGUGACUCAACGCAUCACCAAAUACCCUGUCCUAAUCCAGCGCAUCCUGGACAACACCAAGGGCAGUGAAGAGGAGGCCCAGUCCUUAGCCCAGUCCCUGUCUCUGAUCCGGGACUUGUUGAGCUCUGUGGACCAGCAGGUGGCAGAGCUGGAGCGGACCCAGAGGCUCCAGGAGAUCAGGGCCAGAUUGGACCCCCGGGCCCAGGCAGAGGUCAGGGGAGGAGGGGUGUUCAGGGGAGGGGAACUGCUCCGCAGGACGCUCCUCCACGAGGGCACACUGCUGUGGAAGACGCAAGGAUCCAGACUCAAAGACGUGCAGGUCCUGCUGAUGACAGACAUCCUGGUGUUCAUGCAGGAGAAGGACCAGAAGUAUUUAUUCCCCUGCAUAGACAAGCCUGCAGUGUUGUCUCUGAAGAACCUGAUCGUGAGGGACAUAGCCAAUCAGGAGCGAGGGAUGUUCCUGAUCAGUGACUCCACCCCCCCAGAGAUGUACGAGCUGCACGGCGCCUCACGAGACGACAGGAACAACUGGAUGAGACUCAUACAGCAGACAGUCAGCAGCUGUCCGUCCAGAGAGGACUUCCCCCUGAUAGAGACAGAGGACAAGGCCUUACUGCGCCGACUCAGAGCUGACAUCCAGCAGAAGGACAGGGAGGUGCUGGAGCUCCUCCAGGAGAGAGUGACUCUGUUCUCUGACCUGGCUGAGGUCACCGGUGGGUGUCAGGAGGUCACGCCCCCCACCAACUCUAGGAACAUCUUCCGGGCCGACACACCCUACGCACCCCAGGCGGAAUACCUACUCACCGACGCCAUCUCAGAGGUUGACAGGCUCAGUGAGUUGCUGCUGGGCUCCAACAUAGAGCUUCCCAAGUCCAAUGGUAGCACCAACGGUACCAAUGAUGACCAGAACCACAAAGGGGCGCCAGUGAGCAAUGGAGAUUCGAUCUCCGUCAACGGGACUCAUGAAAUGAAAGGAAGUCCAGCGUCCAAGGACAGAAAUGGUAACCAGCUACAGGACAGACCCCUAAAUGAGGAGGUGUGUCAGAGGCUUGUGAACCUCAGUGCUCAUCUCCACUCUCUACAGGCCGCCGUCAUUCACCAAGACUCUGUCCUCGAGCUCCGCCUCCAUGAGGGCACUGGCCCUGCCUCCUCAGGUUCCUCCACUCCCACCCCCACUCCUCCAAACUCCUUCCCCAGGCUGUGCCGUUCCAUGUCACGUGACACAGGUCUGGAUGCGGGCAUGGUGGCAGCCAUGGGGGAGAUGGCCAUGCUCCAGAAGCAGCAUGAUCUGCUGCAGGAGGAGGUGGUGAGGCUGCGCCCCCUGGAGGCCAGGCUGAGGGACAGCGAGAGGACCAGGGCUCAGCUGGAGCAGCAGAUCAGGGACAAUAAGGGCAGGAGGGGAAGGAGGGGCAGGAGGGGCAGCAGAGGCAGCAACGAAGACAUUGUGGUGGAUGUUACAGCCUUAGAGCAGGCUCCCUCUAAAAGGAGAGGAAGUGGUGAUGGCGAGCCCAGCCCUGUCGCCCCAUUGGCCUGUCAGGAACCAGUGGACCAAUUGGACGGCGUACUGGAAGGCAGUGAGGAGGAAGAGGAGGAGUCAGAGGAAGAGGCGGAUGUAGUGAAGGUUUCACCACGCUCUGACAGUCCAAGAGAUCUCCAGGAUAUACCGGAGGAGAGCGAGUGCGGACCAGAAGCACAGGAAUCCAAAGCCUGAUUCCGAGACUGUUCUGAAUUAACAUUGACCUCAAACUGGACAUGCAAACCAGAAAACAGGACUUGAGAGCUGGACCAACAUAUUGUCAACCUUCAACCAACCAGACCUGAUAGAAAUUAUCUUCAGUGAUUCCAUCUAUUCGUCUUUCUUUGGCAUAGAAAGCCUACCCAGGAAUUGUGUAUUGUAUCAUGGUAUAUGUUAGUUCGGAGAUGUUAUAUGUUUUUCUAAUGUUAUGUUAAAAGCUUCAUCCUCGGGAUUGAACCCCUUUUUCCAAUCCCACUCUUCGUUUCUUCUUUCCCUUUUCAAAACAAGGAUGACUAAUAAGAGAGAGAGAGAUUAGGGCUGAAGAGGAGGAGUUGUUCGUAACAACAAUGGAAUUCUAAUGGUGGACUGUUGAUCUAUAGGUGUCUGCUGAUACCAGUAGGAACUGUACUGUAACUGCCUGUCGUUGUUGUACAUUUAGUGUCACCUCUCUACAGACCUGGUUUGUCUGUGGUGGUGGAGCUGACUGAUUGAAACUGAACUUAGACCAGUAAAGGAGGGCGUGACAGGAAAAGGGGGAGGACCGGACAGAAAAGGAGGAUAUAUGUAUAUAUAUAUAUAUAUAU